CAUAACAUAAUUUAGUUAUUACACUGGAGGAGAGCAUUAUUAAGAGGAGCACUUUUGGAGGACUUGCUAAGAAGAUGCUCCAAUAGCAGGAGGAUGUGCCUUUCUGGAAACCAACAGAUCCCACCUCCCUGAUGACAGAGCCCUCCGCACCCCUCCUCUCUAGUCAACAUAGAGCACCUACCGGUACAUGAAGCUUCAGUCCACUGCUACUUUCUCCUCACACCCCUCGCAUCCCGUCUCUCUACUGCAAUGGCCGAGCCUCACAAUAUCUGCGAGGGAUACUACAGCGUGGAUGCUGGCUUCGUGGAGCGCUUCUCCUGCCCAGCUGACCCCAAGAGACCCGAGCUUCUCUACUGCUGUGGGUUUGAGGACAUGAAGUACUGCUGCAGCGAGCCUGGAAGCUACUUCCCCUACAAGUAUGCGUACAUGUGGAGCCUGAGCGUCGGGGCUCUUGCGGCAUUGGCUGUGGCGGCAUUGGUCCUCCUGGCUUUCGUCCUCAGUGUUUGUAGACUCUGUUUCCUCUUCCUUCAUGCUAAGCCCCUCCCAUCGCACUCAGGGCUGAAAUCAUGCCACUUGGAAAGCUCCGGAAGGCUGGGUGAGCACUCAUUUCUAUCCAUCAGGCUAUACAAUGGUGUAUUCCUCAGCAGGGUAGGGAUGUAUGCCUGGGUCUGGAAGGUUGUGGGUUUGAAUCCCAUGGUGAGUGGUGUAAUCAUAUCAACACUGGGCCCUUGCACUGAACAACUUUUCAAGGUAUCGAUAAUUUCCACAGCAUCCAUGGAUGCACUCCCUACCUCUGCAGUCCUGACUAUUAUUCUAUUAUUUUGUUAAUCUUAUGCUUGUAUUUGAACUACUUGAUGCCUAAAGUUCCUUCGGGAUCAAUAACGAAUGGAUAAAUGAAUCCAUCCAUCCAUCCUUGAGCCAGGCUGUUAACUGCUCCAGGGAUGCUAGAUGCUGACUGACCCUGCUCUCUGACCCCAAUUUUUCCUAACAAAAAAAUUUUGUCCAAUUUUUUUGGACAGAAGCAUCUAAUACAUGCAAAGUAAAAUUGAACCAAAAGGUUCACAACAAAGGAAGACGACUGUCAGUACAAACAAACAAACGACCCUAAAUUCUAAAUGCACCCACAUUUCAUUUAUAUUUUCCAGUACAGUUCCUAUAUUAGAACUGCUUCAUCCUGCACUGGCCAUGCAACAAACCCAUAAUCGUGUCAUGCUUAUCAUUUUAAGUAAGCUAUUCAACUGUAGAGAUUCCUGUAAAUAUGCUACAGAAAUCAAAUGCAUCAUUACUAUUAAGAAAAUGAAAACACAGUUUCACUGUAUAUACUCCUGUACCGUCUCUGGAUUGUUCCUGGGUGCACCCAGCAAUGGGCAUGCAGUAGCUCACCCAAAGACUCUCUCUUCUGGCAUAGCUUCCAAAGGAAGCCUGAUGAAGAACGAGGCCACAGGUCAGACACAUACGGAGGAGCAAGGGCCUUCAGCCAAGAGGGUGAUCAUAUUUAAAGAUGACAAAUCCACCUCCAUGGGGUCAAUAAAAGUAACAAUGA